UUAUAUUAGUGCAGCAACACUGUACCUUUUAAUUUAAAUGCCCUUGGAGUCUGCUGGGGAAGAGAAAAUAAUACUGUCAGUCAGUAAUGACAUGCAGAUGAGUGCCGUCGAUCUUAGAAUCACCGACACACUUCACUCAUUUGGCAGUCACGGGCCAAAACCAGUGUGGAGCCACAGUGUGGCGGUGGAGGCAGCAGCAAUGGAGGCCAUACAGCACCCCUAUGGACAAAAUGGAACCUCACCAACAGUGUAAGGAGACCUGAAAGUGGACACAUGGCGCAGGGUGGCGGUGGAGGCAGCAGCAAUGGAAGGCCAUACAGCACCCUAU